AUGAGUAGUAACUUUCUGGAAGAAGACGACGAUGAUUUUCUUCUUGCAGCUGUGGAGGAAAAUGAGCAUCUAAGUACCGAGCAAUCUGGUUCUUCAAGACCAGGUAACAUUUCGACUGAACCCUCUAAAGAGGCACUGGAAAAGUUGAAAAAAUAUUUUGGCCACAAUUCAUUUCGCCCUCUGCAGUGGCAAGUCAUCAGUAAUGCUUUGAAGAAACGUGAUCAACUCGUUGUUAUCUCUACAGGAUAUGGUAAAAGUGUUUGUUACCAAAUGCCUUCGCUCCUCGACGGAAGUCUAACAUUGGUCAUUUCUCCCUUGAUUUCUUUAAUGAACGAUCAGUUAAUGAAUGUGAGAGCCAAUGGAGUGGAAGCAGAAGCACUUUCUGGUUCACUCUCUUCUGACGAUAGGAAAGAUAUCUCAAGGAGGUGCGAUAGCGGGGAGAUACGCAUUCUAUAUGUAACGCCUGAAUUUAUUAUAAAUAACGAAUACCUGUUACGGAAAUUGAAAUCGAAAAUUGGUUUAAUUGCUAUUGAUGAAGCUCACUGCGUGUCUCAGUGGGGCCACGAAUUUCGCUCCAGUUAUCGAAAACUUGCUCUUAUUCGGAAAGUUCUCAGUGGAACUCCUGUAAUGGCGCUGACUGCCACGGCCCCACCAGCUGUCAAAAAAGACAUUAUAUCUAGUUUAGAGCUACAGAAUCCUGCUCUAGUUUGUUCAAGUUUGGAUCGCACAAAUUUAUAUUUCGAUGUUAGAACCCCUACUAGCCUUCAAGCGCUCGACGAGCUGAUAGUGGAAGGAAAAAGUAAGCUCGAGAGAAAUUUUGGUGGUUCGACUAUCAUAUAUUGCCCAACUCGUUCUACAGUCAUGGAGGUUUCCGACUACCUUCGAGAGCAAGGUGUAAAGUGUGUUGCUUAUCAUGCGGGGAUGAGUAAUUCGGCCAGAGAAAAAGCUCAUGAAAAUUUCUGCAAAGACAAAGUUGCAACAAUUGUGGCCACCGUUGCUUUUGGUAUGGGGAUAGAUAAACCUGAUGUUCGUUUAGUCAUUCAUUAUGGAGCUCCGAGGAAUAUAGAAAGCUUUUAUCAAGAAGUCGGGCGAGCCGGCAGAGAUGGCCUUUCUAGUAGAUGCAUAGUUUUUUAUACGGAAAAAGAAUUAGCCGCUAACAGGUCACGCCUGAUGUCAGAUCCAAAUAUGACGGAUGCGUAUAAAUCACAUUCAAUGGAUCUCCAAAGAGCAAUGGAAAAACUACUUGUAACAAAGUGCUGCAGACGCUUAGCGAUUUUAACACAUCUUGACCCGUCGGUAAAAAAAGGCGAGGUCAGGCCGGGGUGUUGUGAUUUUUGCGACGAGCAUUUAAAUGGCGAAGUUCCGAGUUCUUUGUCCCAAAUUAAUUGCCAUACUGAAGCUGAAAUGGUAUUUAAGACUGUUCGAGAUGUUUUCCAGGGCAUGAGUGGGGCUGGUAAAAUUGUCGAUUUCUUGAAAGGGAAAGCUACUGUGCCUACGUAUAAACAGAAUCACAGUUUAUAUGGUGCUGGUAAAAAAAGAAGUGAGGUAUUUUGGAAAGAACUUUGCCGACUGCUUCGCCUGGGGGGUUAUUUUCAUGAAGUGAAGAGCAAUUUCAAUAAGUAUGCUUAUAUGCUGUCACUGUCAAAAAAAGCUGAAAUGUGGUUGGCGAGUGGAAAAAAGGAGUUAAUGCUCGACUCGAGUCCGUUGCUUCUUGACCGUGUGGCAGUGAAGGAGGGAGGAAAAACGAAAUACGUGUCGAUUCCAGCAUCUGACGAAAAGCGCCCUUCAAAAUUGUUGGGCAGCAAGAAGCAGCGACAGUGGAGAAGUUGUGAAGAAUACGAUAACCUUUCAGUACUGUCGGGAGAAAUCUAUCCUAGAGAGUUGGAAAAAGAAUUGAUUGAUUUGAGAAUGGAUUUAGCUACAGAACAAGAUGCAGGUGCAUACGCAAUUGCGACUAAUAAGUGCCUUCAGCAGUUAGCAAUCGUUCGACCUUCAUGUCUUGAAAGCUUGACAAUGAUUAGUGAGAUGCCAGAGGAGAAACGCAAGAAAUAUGGACCAAGAUUGGUUGAACUUUGCGUAAAUUUUUCCAAAUCUCAUGGACUUCCUAUGGACUGCACAAUUGAUACGGAGUUUCCACCGGAAUUGAGAACUGCCGUGAGUCGCUUAUCCGAAUCUCAUGCUGAAAUUUACCGUCUACAUGUGAAAGGGAAAUAUGGCUCUCUGGACCUAGCCACAAUGCGCGGUCUUAGCGAAAGUACUAUUAUGAACUAUUUUGCUGGCUUUGUCAGGGAUGGUCUGCCACUACAUAUGCGUGUAUUAAAUAUUACACCGGGUUUAAUACAGACGGUCCUGAAAAGCAUUCGAGAAAAUGGAUCAGAAAUUGCGCGGCUAAAACCAAUAAUGGAACAGUUACCUGAGGGCACUAUUGACUACAAUCGCCUAAAGAUAAUUUUUGCCCUUUUGGAGUAUGAGUACGGAAUUAUUGAGACUGAGGACUCUGGAAAACAAGAAGAAACUUUGAAGGAUAACGGAUCAGCGAAAGACUCACAAAGUAAAAGAUCAGUGCCAGGCUGGAUGACGAAGAACGGUAAAAAUAAUAAAAUAGGACCUCCAGCCCCGAAACGGAGUAGGUCCAGCUUAUUCAGAUGA